AUGAAAAAGAAAGCCGCCAAGUUAUUUGCUGAAGUUGAAGCUCAAGAAAGCAGUUCAAAUGUUCUUAGUAGUCAAUUAAAAAAUAAUAAAGAACAGCCUCAAGUCCAAGUAGAGCCAUUUGAGAAUAUAGAAACCACUAAAGAUACCUGUAAUAUCGUAAGCAAUAUUGAGUGCCCCUCAGACGUGUCAGAUGAACUAUCUGGCGAGGAAUUCAAGGGCUUCCCAAACAACGAUAUACAAGAAGAUGACUCACCUCAGGAGUUUGUGUUUCCCAGGCAAUCGCAAGUUAAUGUGCCUCUGUCGGACUCAAGAGUGGGAACCCCUAAACAUCGUCGUGAAACCUCUGACGGCAUCCCCUCAAGCAAGCGUCGGCGUGGUAGUUUUUCGCAAAAGGAGCAGCCAGGUGGCAGCCAGUUAGUCAAGACCAUCUCGUGCAACAGUGGCCUGGGUACUCCCAGAAAUUGUUCCCAAAAAGAGCAGCCAGGAAGCCACUUAAUCAGGACCACCUCGUGCAACAGUGCACUGGCUACACCCAGCCAAUCGCAGGAGAUGCACGCUUCGCUGACGCAGCUGGCAAGUCGUUCGCCACUGGAUCGCAGCACCAAGACAUCAGUGAUAGCCCGUCGUAACUUACUGACCCUGAGCAAGAGGCGAAAGCGUAACAGCACAACUUCCGAACCUGAUGGAAUCGAAACCCCAUUAAAGCCCAGAUUUGCACCGAUGGCAGCAUCAACCAGCACCCCUCUAGCCAAUAAAAACACAAACCUAAGGCAGGACGCCACCAAGCUGCAACAGAAUGUAGAGGAUAUGUCGCCCAUUUGCAUGCCACCAAACAAAUCCAGACGACUUGGCUUAAGUCGCAGUCGCUAUUAGAAAUUUUUCGUCAGUCAUAUUAGUCAGCCAAGGAUAUUAGUUUCAUAAGCAUGGAUUGCUGGAUGGUUUAUGCUUUGUGUAUAGAAAUAAUUUUAUUUUUUU